AUGUCUCCAUCUGCCAUUGCCGACCUGCUCCCGACAACGCUUCCCAUAACCUCAAAGACCAUCACCCCAGCCAAAGAGCAUCACGAACAUGGCAUGCAAGACAAGACCCCCAUAGCAGCCAUCUCGCACGGCGAUGUGGUUUUGCCCGGCGUGCCAUCAUUCACCUCAAUGGAACUCAAACGCCAAUGGCAACUCGAGCAUAUGGCAGCCGCAUUCCGGCACUGGUCGCGCGAGGGAUACGUCGAGGGCAUCUCAGGACACAUCAGCGUGAGAGACCCUGAGGCGGAGGACGUGUUCUGGACAAAUCCACUAGGCAAGCACUUCGGCCUGCUGAAAGCUAGCGACAUGAUCGCCGUAAACUUCGACGGCGAGGUCGUCGGAGGCAACCGAACCCGACCCCCGAAUGCCGCAGGCUUCCUCAUCCACAGCGCUGUGCACAAGGCACGGCCGGAUGUCCAUGCCGUCUGCCACGCACACACCGUGUACGGAAAGGCGUGGAGCGCGUUCGGCAAACCUAUCGACAUGUUGACCCAGGACUCCUGCAAAUUUUACAACGCCCACUCAGUGUACAAUUCUUAUGGUGGCGUCGUGCUCGCGAGCGCCGAGGGCGAACUCAUCGCGAAAGCCCUUGGCCCCACCAACAAGGCAUGCAUUCUGCAAAACCACGGUCUCAUCACAGUGGGCAAUACAGUCGACGAGGCUGCGUUCCUGUUCCUCAGCCUAGAGCACGCGUGCCAGACCCAGCUGCUGGUGGAAGCGGCCAGUCAGGGAGGGAACUUGAGCAAAGUGCUCAUCUCCGACGAAGAGGCCGAGUAUACGUACCGUAUGGAAAGUGAUUCGGAGACCUGCUACGCCGAGUUCCAAGCGUACUACGACUGGGAGGACUAUCACACCAAAGGCGAUUUCAAGAACUGA